AUGCCUUCUGCUUUCACAACAACCAGGCAACAGCAAACAGGAAGUGGCAAUAACCAACAACAGCAGACAAGAGGGCGUCACAAGUUUCUCUUAAAGGGCUCACUAGAGCGCGCUGUCAUCUACUGCUUAGUCAUGAGUAGUGUGUCAACAGUGAAAUGUGACACUGAGGACUCUGGGAAGGAUAAUGACACGGAGGGUGAGUGGUCAGCAACAGAGGUCUCUCUUGAGGAGCUGCUAGAAGUUUUACAUGCUGCUCCUCGCUCCUGUCGGCAUGGAGAUGAGGUGUGGCCCAACUUGUAUUUGGGUGAUAUGUUCAUGUCUCAUGACAAGUUUGGACUGUGGACACUGGGUAUCACCCACGUGCUGAAUGCCUCACAUGGGAAACUGUGCUGUAAAGGGAGCGACGACUUCUAUGGAACCACGGUGAAAUACUACGGUGUGCCAGCCAACGACCUUCCAACAUUUGAACUGUCACCUUUCUUUUACCCUGCUGCUGCUUUCAUAGACCAAGCUCUAACAUCAGGAGGGAGAGUGUUAGUGCACUGUGCUGUGGGAGUGAGUCGCUCAGCCACAUUGGUCCUUGCCUACCUGAUGAUUUACAAGCACCACCGUCUCUUGUCUGCCAUAAAAUGUGUUCUUCAGAAGCGUUGGAUCUUUCCAAAUAGAGGCUUCCUGCAACAGCUUAUGCACCUCCAACGAACACUAGAGAGCCAAGGGGAUGCCAAGUAA